AUGGGUACCUCCAAGUAUCCCACAAGGCUCACCAACGUCCUAACGACCUUGCCAGGAGCAUUGCCUGCUCGAAAUGUCCCUGUCGAUGCGAACUUGACCGACAUUGUCACCAGAUUCCUACAAUCCUUCGAAACCUUGCGCUCAGACGACUUCUGUCCCGAUGCACUAUGGCGAGAUUCUUUCGCGCUGAGCGGGACGAUAAGGACCUUCUACUCUGGGCCUGUAAUCGCUGCAGCCUGGGAGCAUCUUGCGCAGCAUCACUCGCCAUGCGAGCCUCAGUUGUUGAAGGACUCAUGCGCGAUUGCUUAUGCCGGAACUGAUUCGUCCUGGAUCGAUGCGCGAUUCAAUUUCAGGACCAACGGACCGCUACCAGCGAUCUGUUCUGGAUUCCUAUCGCUUGCUUAUGAGAAAGAUGGGUCGUAUAAGAUUUGGGUGCUGCGAACCAUUCUCGAAAGAUUCAUCGGUUACCCUAGUGCGGACACUAUGGCACGAGAGAAGACUUUGGGCCUUCAGCAAUCGACCAAAACGGAAUACCAGUGUCUGGUGAUUGGUGGCGGCGCCGCUGGCUUGAGCACCGCUGGCCGUCUCAAGGCACUGGGUGUUGACUAUCUGAUCCUGGAGAAACUGGCCCACGUUGGUGACAGUUGGGCCUGCAGAUACAACGCCGCCAGGUUGCAUGGCACGAGACAUACGGCCCAUCUGCCGUUUGAAAGAACUUUUGACGAGGAGUAUUCCCUCUACCCAUCCAAAGACGAAGUGGCCAAAGGCUACCGGGUAUGGGCGGAGCGAUAUGGUAUCAACAUCUGGCUUUCCACUGUCAUCAAGGGUGGCUCUUGGAAUGCGGCAAAACGACAAUGGACCUUGAACGUAGUCCGCAAUGGGCACGACAUAUCCCUGACCGCCAAACACAUCGUCAUGGCUGUCGGUGGCGGUGGACAUAUCCCCUACAUGCCCGCGUUCCCGGGUCGUGAAUCAUACAAAGGUGAUGUUUUACAUUCGUCUGCUUACAAAGAUGGCUCUCCCUGGAAAGGAAAGAGAGGUAUUGUCAUUGGCGCUGCAAACACAGGACACGACAUUGCUGAAGAUCUGUAUGAGCAUGGUCUGUCAGUGACGAUGAUCCAGCGUGGUCCAACAUAUAUGGUCCCACUUGAUUAUCUCGCGCCCGUAAUGGAUGCCGUUUACAAUGCCGAUUUCGAUGUCGAAUUGGCCGACCGCAUUCACUACUCAAGCCCGGCCGCGAUGACUCGGGAGCGAUCCAACAAACUCAUCCACUCCCUGGUGAGAGCCAAUGCCGAACGGUUCGAUGCUCUCGAGCGCCAAGGAUUCAAGCUCGUGAGAUUCGGUGACUUCUUCCAUCAUCAGACCGAGAGACAGGGUGGACAUUACGUCGACAUUGGCACUUCGGCCAAGAUUGCUGAUGGCAGGAUCAAGGUCAAGUCUGACGCAUUCAUAGACGCGUACACACCCGAGGGCCUCCACUUUAGCGACGGCACCGAGAUCAAGGCUGAAGUGGUCGUGUUUGCCACCGGGUUUCACGGCAACAUGCGGCAAUUCGUCGCCGACCUCCUAGGCAACGACAUCGCAAGCGGCAUAGAAGACUACUGGGGGUUGAAUGCCGAGGGCGAGCUCGAAGGGGCUUUCAAACCGACAGGCCAUCCCGGAUUGUGGUACAUGGGCGGCGGCUGUGGUCACGCACGUUACUUUUCACGCUUCGUCGCCCUGCAAAUCUUGGCCGAUGUGCAAGGGAAGCCGCUCAAGAUAUACAAGGACACACCAAGCCCCUCCAUCAAUGCGGCUUCUUCUCCUCCUCCUGCUCCUGUUCAAGUCGCUCAAAAUAGAUCGGCUCCGUCCAGCAGGGUGGACGACCUAGUUGUCACACCUAACGUUUUGGGCUUGCAGCACCAAGAAGGGAUCACAAUAUGA